CUCACAGAGAGAGAGACAGAGAGAGAGAGACACACACACACACACACACACACACACACACACACACACACAGUCACAGAGAGAGAGACACACACACACUCAUAGAGAGAGACAGAGAGAGAGACACACACACACAUAGAGAGAGAGAGGGGGAUGGAAAUGUCAAACUCAUUGCUCGUGGAUUUUGGGACAAACUGAUGGGAUGCGAUUCAUUUUUCCACAACGAUGGGACGUUUGGUCAGGAAAGUUUAAUGGAAAUAUUUGAGACGGAGCUGCCCGUCCUCAGGGAACAGAAAUGGUACACAAAGUUCUGCUGCCCCUCGCUUUAGCAGCCAGCCUCAUCUCACCUGUGCUGUCAGGUGCCUCCACAACCAAAACCAAAACUCAAGUGAAGAACAACUCAGGUGUGACCCCAGCGGGGCAGUGUGGGGCCUGGGUAAAGGAGCCUGAAGGAGGCUACUUCACCUCGCCAAACUACCCUCAGAAAUACCCAGCUGAGAGGGAGUGUGUGUACAUCAUAGAAGCCUCUCCACGGCAGUGCAUCGACUUAUUCUUUGAUGAAAGGUACUCCAUCGAGCCGUCUUGGGAGUGCAAGUUUGACCACAUCGAGGUCCGCGAUGGGCCCUUUGGUUUCUCACCCAUCAUUGGUCGCUACUGUGGGCAGGAGAGUCCGGCUUACGUCCGCUCCAGUGGGCGGUACCUUUACAUCAAGUUUGUUGCUGAUAGUGAGCUGGAGGACAUCGGUUUCUCUGCUCGGUACAACUUCACACAAGAUCCAGAGUUCAAAGAUCUCGGGGAACUGCCGGCUCUUCCAUAUUGCGAGUUUGACUUGAGUGGUCCAGAAGGCUAUGUGGAGUCUGCUCAGAUAGCAGCAGAGAGCCGGGCGCUGCAGACUGAGGCCGUGGACUGCAGAUGGUAUAUCAAGGCUCCACCAAGAUCUAGGGUCUACAUGCGUUUCCUGGAGUACGAGAUGCACAACUCCAAUGAGUGCAAGCGCAACUUCGUCGCCAUCUACGACGGCAGCAGUUCGGUCGAACACCUGAAGAAUAAGUUCUGCUCCACGGUGGCCAACGAUGUCAUGCUGACGUCCUCUGUGGGGGUGGUGAGACUGUGGGCGGACGAGGGAAGCAGGAAGAGCAAGUUCAGGAUCCUCUUCACCACCUUCCAUGAACCUCCGUGUGAUCGAGACACUUUCUUUUGCCACAGCAACAUGUGCAUCAACCACACCCUGGUCUGCAACGGCAUCCAGAACUGUGUUUACCCGUGGGACGAGAACCACUGCAAAGAGAAGAGGAAGGCCAGCAUCCUGGACACGCUGGACCACACCAACCUCACUAUCAUCGGAGUGACCUGUGGCCUCGUCGUCAUCCUGCUCGUCAUCUCAGUCGUCAUCCAGGUCAAACAGCCUCGCAAGAAAUACAUCAUCCGCAGAGAUGACUUUGACCCAGCACUCCUCCACCCUGGCUUCGAGCCUCCUCACUACGAGCUCUGCACUCUGCGCCGCGCCCCGUCUGGUGAACUCACUGAUGCCGCCCUGGCCGACGACUACGAGAAGUUCCACAAGCUCCGUCGCUCCUCCUCCAAAUGUAUCCGCGACCAUCACUGUGGCUCCCAGGCGGGGAGCAUGCACGGCAGCGUUCACGGUAGCCGCAGUAAUCUGAGUGUGCGAGACGGCGUCAGCGCAGCUGAUGGGGGGGCUCUUGUACCACCACUGCUGCCCCCAAUGAUGGGGAGCCAGCAGUCUCCACACCUGUCCCACCUCACCACACCUGCAGGGCGCCGGAGCAUCCUGGUGAUGAAGCAUAGCUACUCUCAGGACGGGGCAGAGGGGUACAGAGGGGAGGAGGAGGAAGAUUUGAUGAUGGAUGACGGACCCACCACCAGCCAGCACCUCAUGCACCAUCAUCAGAUCCACCAUGACCCGCUGGGGCUGGACCAUGCCGUCCACCGUACGCUGUCUAAUGACUUCUGACAACGUGCAAAUAAAGAAGCCAUCAUCACAGUUGGACCUUUGAGUAAGGUUACAAGUUACAUUUAUGCAAAUGAGUGAUGGUUAAACAGCUCUUCUCAGAAGGUUUUCAGAAGCUGCAGAAGAAGUGAAACAUUUUCUAGUUGUUCGUAUUUAAAGAUCAGCUGCUCUGGUAAUGCACUCUUAGGUAACCUUUCUGCAUUCUAACCUCUCUCCAUUUUUCAAAAGCAUCUCCAAUAUUUUUUUUAGGUCGGGUACAAUCACUUCUAUCUGAACCACUUCUCUAACUGCUGAUAACUGCUCUCAUAUCUGGCAAACCGAGGGGCGUCCAAAACGGCCGUGUGGGGGUCGCCUUAAAACCGCCUACCUUCUCUGGUCCAAACAAAUCCAGAGCAUUCAGGAGCAGAAUCUAAAGUUAGAAGGAGGACAUACUGGCUGCUGCAUUGUUGUCAGAGAAGCCAGCACUUCAACAUAGCAUGUUUCAUUAAUGUCUGAUCAUAUAGUAAGGUCACUUUAUCAUUUCACUCUCUACACUUCUUACUGGUUGGACUUUUAACCCAAAUACCAUCAAGGGCACUGUAAAAUAAAACUCAAAUAAACAUAAACAAUAGUGUAAUAAGAAACAAUCAUUCAGCCGUUCUUCCUCUGAGUGUAAACUGAGUUAUUUGUUUGUUCGUUUUUAUUGUUUAUUUCUGUUUCUCCCUCUUUCUUCAUUUAUCUAUUUAUUUAUUGUUUGUGUUGUUGAUUCCUCUGAAUAAAUAUCUUCUUCUUCUGUUA